ACACGUGCUCGUGACCGCGAAGGCAAGAGGAGAAGUGGUAAUUUUGGAAAGAAGGAUUCAGCCGCGACAGAGCAAGCGCCAUGCCAAGAAUGAGGUUGGUGCCUUACUUCACGUCAUCUGCUGCUUGCUUCUUUCCAUCUUCUUCAAACGAUCUUUUGUUGAUGAAUAAAGUGACGCUCCGACUAGCGUGAAUUGUUCAUUGCUAACGAUAUGGCAUCUUCACUACCAUUGGAGGUCAUAAUGCUGACAGCCGGCCACUCGGGUGGACAGAAGGAGAAACUCACGCCGUUCACGUUGGUCAACAAAUCCUGGCAAGCAGCGUUUGAGAAGGAGCUCUAUUCUUCGCUCGUCGUGCUUAGUCCGUCGAGAACAAGGAGCAUCGAAGUCAGACCCGGAGGAGUCCACGAAAAGCUGGGUCUGCCUCUGGCGAAACUCAUUGAGAUCACGAGUGGUCCGCAGCACUGGCGACAAAAUCGACGUAGAUUCGUCCGUCACAUACUCUACAGAGUCGCAGUACCUCAUUGGCUGAAUGAGGCCCGCGAAAAACUUGAUGGAUAUACAUACGAUAACGUUUUGCGACGCGAGAACAAUCUCGCAUUCUCAGUAGCUCUGCAGGCUGAAAGCGUUAUCACCGAUGAAGAUUAUGGUGAACCGGAAUCAACAGUGAUGACCGGCGUGGAUGAUGAGAUUGCUCCGUAUUGUGCGGCCUUUCCACCAAACUUCUCUUUGCCCCGAGCCGCGUGCAUAACAUCGCUGGCAUUUCCCGAUAUCGAAACCUCCGGCAUGGUCACUGCUGGAUAUGGUGAGUCUCCGUGGGAACAAGCUUGCCCUGAGAACAGAAUCUCACUCCCCGCCGUCCUCACAAUUGCAUCAGUGUGUGGUGCAAUCGUGAAAAUACUACUCCACUGUGAGGACCGGAUUCCUCUUGAAGAGCGAAUUAUGCGUCGGGAACAUCGAGAUGCGACUAUUGAGGGUCUGCUACGAUUACCUUCAAGCAUUCGUGACCUUGAACUAUGCUGGUAUUCACAAAACGAAUUUGAUAUCGACAAGCCCAGAACCAUGAUCGGUCCUGUUCGAACAGACGCUCUAUGCGUAGCGCUUCACAAGGUCUCGCUACAAUUACAGUAUAUGUCUAUCGGAGAACUGGAAGUGUUUCCCGAGCUAUUUUGUCCAGACGGACCCAAAAGCUCAGCGCAAGGAAACUGGCCAUACCUCGAACAACUUCAAAUUUGGGGGAUCUUCGACAAUUCGCCUCAGGGAGCUAUCUCACGCUAUGCGGAUGGUGUCAGUCCUGACAAGAUACUAGUGCGACGUUACCUGGAUGACCUAUUCACAAGCGUUGGUCAUGCCGCCCAAAGAAUGCCCCGAAUACAACAUCUCGAGAUCGAGUUUCCCUCAAUACAUGAUCAGCUCCGUGUCAAGUACCUCAAUGGCCGAUGGAAACUUAGCAUCUGGGCUGCUGAUCAAUGGGAGCCAUCACCUCGUCUUCUUGAGGCCUGGAAAAUACCUCCAUGUGGUCUACUGCCUGACAAAGGCCUAGGAUGGUGGAAAUUCGUAUACUCAUCUUGGCCACCUCUCUAGGCUCUGGGUCAUACUGUCAUCGCACGCAUCUUAUCUUAUUCAAGAUCCAUCCGAUUUCCUGCUUCCACCAUUCGUUCGCCUCUUCGUUUCCGUCCCAUCUUCUCAACAAGGCAUCGUAGAGAUACAACACCUCGAAACAAGUCUUCAGAUACCGCUUCAAGCUCUCCCUGACCUUAUCUCCCGCCCCUUCGGCCAAUGGAUCCACAACUCCCGUCG